AUGGGAAAAGGUAAACCAAGAGGGCUUAACUCAGCUAGAAAAUUAAGAGUUCACAGAAGAAACAACAGAUGGGCUGAUCAAGCUUAUAAAGCUAGAUUAUUAGGAACAGCUUUUAAAUCAUCACCAUUUGGAGGUUCAUCACACGCCAAAGGAAUUGUAUUAGAAAAAAUUGGUAUUGAAUCAAAACAACCAAACUCAGCUAUUAGAAAAUGUGUCAGAGUUCAAUUAAUUAAAAACGGUAAAAGAGUUACCGCUUUCGUUCCAAAUGAUGGUUGUUUAAAUUUCGUUGAUGAAAAUGAUGAAGUUUUAUUAGCUGGUUUCGGUAGAAGAGGUAAAGCUAAAGGUGAUAUUCCAGGUGUUAGAUUUAAAGUUGUUAAAGUUUCUGGUGUUUCAUUAUUAGCUUUAUGGAAAGAAAAGAAAGAAAAACCAAGAUCAUAA